CGAACUUGUACAUGUAUGCCCCGUCCAAGGUACUCCCGAGAUAAUUAAAUCUCAAUUCGAGCUUCAAACAUGGCAAGCCAGAGUUCUGUUUCCAUGGCUGCCAUUACAUUACUCCUUGGAGUCCUCGUAGUAUUCCCAACAAGUGUGCAAUCGAUUGGUGUCUGUUAUGGAAGGCUCGGAAACAACCUACCCCAACCUAGUGAUGUGGUGGCUCUCUACAAAUCUAACAACAUUGGACAAAUGAGGAUCUAUGAUCCAUACUCACCAACUCUGCAAGCCCUUCAAGGAACCAACAUUCAACUCAUUGUAGACGUCCCAAAUGAUGGUCUCCAAAAUCUAGCCUCCGAUGCUUCAGCAGCUAAUGAUUGGGUCCAAAACAACAUUCAAGCUUAUUCAGAUGUCUCAUUUAGAUAUAUCGCAGUAGGCAAUGAAGUUAUCCCUGGAGAUUCAGCUCAGUAUGUGCUCCCUGCCAUGAAGAACAUUUACUCAGCUCUAUCUACUGCAGGUCUACAAAACCAAAUCAAAGUCUCAACUUCAGUUGCUACAGUGGUCCUUGGGGUUUCAUAUCCUCCCUCACAUGGUGCAUUCUCUUCUGAUGCACUGAACACCUUAGGGCCAAUCAUUCAAUUCUUGAAUGAAAAUGGAGCCCCACUCCUAGUAAAUGUGUAUCCCUACUUCAGUUACGUUGAUAACCAAGGCUCGAUCGACAUCAAUUAUGCUUUGUUCACUUCCUCAGGAACUGUCGUCCAAGAUGGGCAAUAUAGUUACCAGAAUCUCUUUGAUGCCAUGGUCGAUGCAGUUUACGCAGCAUUAGAGAAUGUGGGAGGGUCUAAUGUGGCGAUCGUGGUAUCGGAGAGCGGUUGGCCAUCGGCAGGUGAUACUGUAGCAACCAUCAGCAAUGCACAGACAUAUAAUCAGAAUUUAAUCAAUCAUGUUGGUCAAGGAACUCCAAGGAGAUCUGGAAAGGCUUUAGAGACUUACAUAUUUUCCAUGUUCAAUGAGAACGGAAAGUCAGCAGGGAUAGAGCAAAACUGGGGGUUGUUCUACCCAAAUGAGCAACCUGUCUACCCAAUCAACUUCAGUUAAAAGAUGAGAGAGGAUUACAGCAUAAGUAGUUAUAAAUUAAAAAAUAUCAUCUGGAAUAAGCCAUUAGAAGGAAUGGAUAAUUUCCUGUUUACUUGAAUAAAGGUUUGAUAAAUAAAAUUUCCUCAUGUAACCUGAUGAUGGAAAUAAUAUUGCCAAAGAUAACUUUUUACUCUCUUUUAAA